GAUCCACCCUGUGCUCUGUCACUUUUAUAUACACACAGGGGAGGGGACCGGUUUCCAUAGAGAGGGACUAUCAAAGCCCACUUAGGAACAAUACCGGAGGAGCAGGAGCCCAGACCUUGGAGCAGCCCGAAGUUCAGGGGGAUGUGCCUGGGGCCGCCCUCCUGGCCCUGAAGCUGCUCCGGCCUCCCUGAGCCUUCUGCUGCGGAGUGAAGUCCACUCUCGGGGAGAGAUGCGGACACCAAUCCACUUCCUGCUGGUCCUGCUGCUGCUCCUGGGGGGCCCCAGGACAGGCCUCCCCCACAAGUUCUACAAGGCCAAGCCCAUCUUCAGCUGCCUCAACACCGCCCUGUCUGAGGCCGAGAAGAGCCAGGGGCUGGACGCAUCCCUGCUGAGCAAGAGGAGCUUCCAUCGUCUGCCCAGCCAAGACCCCUCUUCAGGAGAGGAGGAGGAGGGUAAAGGGAAAAGGACUUUCCUUCUCUCCGGGGCCAGGGGUGGAGCUGGGGGUACCCGGUACAAAUACGUGUCCCAGGCACAGCCCAGGGGAAAGGCACAUCAGGACACAGCCAAGAGUCCCCAGCGCACCAAGUUCACCCUGUCCCUCGACGUCCCCACCAACAUCAUGAACCACCUCUUCAGCAUCGCCAAGGCCAAGAACCUGCGUGCCCAGGCUGCCGCCAACGCCCACCUGAUGGCGCAGAUUGGGAGGAAGAAGUAG